UCUUCAACUUAAAUUUCCUUAGUUUUUACUCAAAGAACAUAUUUCGACCCAAAAAAUGUCACAGCCUAUUGCGGUUUAUCCAAAUACAGUUUCUAGACAGUCUUCACCUAACCCUAAUGGAUCAUUUGUACCUGUAUUUGUAAUCUUGGCCAUAAUAUUCGUUCUAUCUGCUGUAGCCUGUGUGCUUGGAAGGUUUUGCGGCAGGCAGCAUCACCAUGUUGUGAAGGAGCAACACCGUGACGCUAAAGAGCACCACCAAGCCAAGGCCAAGCAGAUCCACCACCCCCUAGGCCCAAAAGAAUGGGAGUCUAGGCAGAAACCUAUCUUUAACAUGAGGGAUGGGGAUAUAGAAUUUGGGUUUGAUAAGAAAAUUCCGACUCCAGGAAAAUAUGCCAAUGGAAAUUCCAGAGGGCCUCAAAUUGGUGGAUUCAGAAGAGAAGUGAGAUUUGCUGAUAAUAUUGUGUAGAAUUCAAAGGCAAUGCAUUAUGGGAUCUUCCCAAUUCGUGGGUAUACUUUUUCAUUUUGUAGAAGUCACUGGUUGUUUAUUUUUCCCUCUUUAUCACUAAUUUAAAUUGUUGGGUUCUUUAAAACUCAAUUACUUUGUUUACAAGACUUGAAUAAUGCUGUUUUACCAGGCGAAUUUAA